UCUAAGAAACAAAAUCCUUUCAGACCACUAAACAUGAACAUGAUUCGAUCAACAACACAAAGCAGUUCAUCACUAAUACUACUUUAUGCCUUCCUUUUGCUCUCCAUUUCGUUAGUAACUUCAUCAAGUGAAUAUGAAGAUGAUUAUAACUUUCUACAAUGUCUUUCUCAACAUUCUGAUCCUUCUAUCCUAACCUACACUUCAAAAGACUCAAAUUUUUCAUCUGUUUUAUUUUCCACCAUACAAAGUCUGAGAUUCUAUUCACCUGCAAUUCGAAAACCUCGAGUUAUAGUUACACCCUUGAAAGAAUCCCAUGUUCAAGCAUCCGUUAUUUGUUCCAAAAGACAUGGUUUUCAGAUAAGAGUUCGAAGUGGAGGCCAUGAUUACGAAGGUCUCUCUUAUGUAUCUGAUGUUCCAUUCGUGGUUGUCGAUUUAUCUAAUCUUCGUUCCAUCAAAAUCGAUGUGGAAAAUAGUACUGCAUGGGUUGAAUCUGGCGCAAUAACCGGAGAACUUUACUAUAGAAUUGCCGAGAAAAGUCGAAAUCUCGGAUUUCCUUCGGUUUUUUGUCCUACUGUAGGUGUUGGUGGGUCGUUUCAAGGAGGCGGAUAUGGUAACAUGUUGCGGAAAUACGGACUUGCAGCUGAUAAUGUCAUUGAUGCUCGAAUUGUCGAUGCCCAGGGUAGAGUUCUUGAUAAAGAAUCCAUGGGAGAAGACUUGUUUUGGGCAAUUCGAGGAGGUGGAAUGAGUUUUGGGAUCGUUGUUUCAUGGAAAAUUAGACUGGUGUACGUUCCGACUAAUGUAACUGUUUUCACGAUUAACAAGAACCUGGACCAAGGUGCAACCAAGCUUGUUCACAGGUGGCAAGAAGUUGCGAGUGAACUUCCUCAUGAACUCUUUGUUAGAGUCAGUAUAAGUGUGGUGAAUUCUACUACCAAAGAAGGGCAGAAAACUAUACUAGCUUCGUUCCCGUCGUUGUAUCUUGGAAACACCGAAAAUCUCCUAGCAGUAAUGAAGGAGAGAUUUCCAGAGUUGGGUUUGGAAACAAAAGAUUGUGCAGAAAUGACUUGGAUUCAAUCCCAACUCUACAUCAAUGGGUUUCCAGUUAAUGGUUCUCUAGAUAUUUUAUUGAGCAGAAAUCAAGUUAAGCGGUACGCGAAGAUAAAAUCCGAUUAUGUGAAAGAACCCAUUCCAGAAACAGGAUUAGAAGGAUUGUGGAAAAAAAUACUAGAAGAAAAAAGCGUUGCAAGAAUGAAUUUCAGUCCUAAUGGUGGAAGAAUGGCUGAGAUUUCCGAAUGUGAAAUUCCAUUCCCACAUAGACAAGGAAAUCUAUACAGUAUUCAAUAUGUCGUGGGUUGGGAAGGAGCCGGUUCCGAGGCAGCUGAGCCACAUAUCCGUUGGAUGAGAGAGUUGCAUGAAUAUAUGACGCCUUAUGUUUCUAUUUCACCGAGAGAAGCGUAUUUGAAUUAUAGAGACAUCGAUGUCGGUCAAAGCAUAAAUGGUACAGCUACUUACUUGGAAGGCAUGGUAUGGGGAAGUAAGUAUUUCAAGAAUAAUUAUGAAAGAUUAGUACAAGUCAAGAGCAAAGUUGAUCCAGAAAACUUCUUUCGGAAUGAACAGAGUAUUCCUGCGGUUUCAUAUUAAUUCCGGAAAGAAGAAAUUCAGUUGGCCAUCGUACCUCCUUAUAUAAGAAAAAUAAUGAAUAAAAAUCUCUAGUGAAUUUACCAUGUAAUUGCUAUUGCAGUUCAAGAGAUAAACUUGUUUAUUAAAAUCUCAAAUUUUGCAUAUUCAAUGGAAUUAAUCAAUUACAACAAGUUUAUCGUAUUCCCCUCCAGAGAUUGCUUUCUUCAUCACAGACAAUGGUUUCAAGUCAUUCAUAUCUCCACCUUCUAAAAACAAACU